UGUUUUCGUGUGAUAAAAGUCAAUCAAAGAUAGUGUCGGGUUUCCUUGCAAUGUUACGUAGUUGAAUUUCCUCCUUCCAUUUCAGCGAAUUGUGCCAGGUUUUAUCGACAACUACGUUCAAAAAAGCUAAGAUGUCUCAGUUCAAAAAGCGAAUUCAUCUUUUCAACUGUGAUAACACAUACAAGCUAGAGCCUGUUGAAAAAUUGCUGGAGAAAUGUGGCAUCCAUGUUGAACUUGUUGAGAAGCACUAUUUCAGACUUCCUAAAAUGUCUGAAAUGGUCGACAGAAUUCCCGUCUUAGCAAUGGACAUGGCCUUUUUCGUGGUUCAUGCACAUGAAUGUGUACUCUCGAUAAACGAGGACGGCGAGGGAUUUGGCUACGCCAAAAUAUACCGGGCUUUGCUAAAAGCAACGGGUGGAGAUGUCAUCAUCGUUAUCGGGGGAGAUAACAAAUACAAGGGCGAAGACGAAGAGGAACGUGAGCUUAUUUCACGUUGGGCGAAAAGGAAAGUUUUCUCACAGUUCAGCGAAGAGUAUCUUGAUGGCAGAAAGAGCUUCAUCUUUUCUUGGAACAAAAAACAUCGAGAGAUUCACGAACAAGCUCUGUUGCAUCACUUUGAUCCAAACAAGAACGGACUAAAGUUCGAAUAUCAGCCGGAUCAGCGAAAGGAACAACCAGAGGCAGCAACACCACCGCCAUCAAGAUUGGAGGAGGUGAUACAUCCGUUUCGUAGAUGUUUUUCCUUGUCAGGCGAACAACAAUAUGAAUCAGAGCCGCCACUUAAACCAGAAAGUUCCCUGCGUCACUAUGAAGCUGUAACUGGUGCAAGGGAGAUCAAAGAAUGGAAGACUCUUGAUAGUAGAGCCGAGGGCAGCAAUAUUUCGAGGAAGAAGGCAAGCACAACAACUGCUAAUAAUCAAGGAGCCGGGUCUGAGGAAAUUAUUCGUCCACGUAUCGGAGAAACCAUAGAAUUGUCGAUUCUUGGCUGUAAUGUGUCAUGUGAGUCUAUGGAUGAUGCGAAAAAAGUUUUUGCAAACAGUCUUCCCAGCCUUCAUUUGUCAAAGGAUCCUUUGGUUGGCAACCUCCCAAUCACCAAAGUUGAAGAAUAUUUGAGGGACUAUUACUUCAGAUUCGCUAUGUUGGUGGUGGACGGUUAUACCGUGAGGGAUGGUUGUGACGAUGAAAGAUCAAAGGAAUUACAGCGACUUGUAAGACUUGCAGUGGAUAAAGUCGUUAAAAAAGUCAUUAUCUUGGUUUGCAAUGGGCAAUCAACAACAAACAAAUGCGAUGAGUUUAUUGGGCAAAUCAAUAAACUAGAGAAAACGUUUGUUGUGAAAGUAAACAAUGGAAAGCUGACCGUAGAUCCAGAUAUUUUGUACCAUGUUUUGAGUCUUCAAAUGCCAUGUUCUACGCCAAAUGCACAGUCUAUCUCUCAAGAACAGGAUGUAAACGCUUACUUGUUGUCCACAUAUUCAUACAAAGUAAGCGAAAACUAUCCUCAAAGGAAUUCCUCAGAAAGGAAAAGCAUUGAUGAGAUGAGUGCUCAAAAUAGUCAGCAGCUGGUCCUGGGGACACAGUUCUCAGAAAGACCCCCUCCUGUUGUUGUCCUAAGAAGUUUCGUUCGUCGCGGAGAGAUAUCUUAUCAGAAAGAGGACCUUCAAAUAGGGGACCCUGAAUUUCAAGUUCCUAGUGACAUCCAAGAGAGGCUGUUUCACAGUUUCUGGAACAAACCUCCAGUUGGAGUAAGAGUCAUUAAGCUCAGUAAUGGGUCAACUGAGUGUUAUGUUGAUCACAAUUUGAAACAAUUUACGUUGGAUGAGGAAAUACAGCUUGAUACUGGAAAAAAGCUAUUAUUAAAAACUCGUGUUCGCAACGGAAAGGUAUCGUUUGAAGACAACGAUGUAAAGUAUAAAUAUAGAAAUAGCUGUAUCCCUAAAUGCAUUAUCGAUGAUCUACAAAUGAGGAAGGCUGAUGGUGACUUGUACAUCAGUUUACAUGACUCAGACAAAUUUGAAGCUUUUAUAAGAGGAAGUGGAAAAAUAGAGCAAGCUGCUAAUGCUGCUGCUAAUGCUGUUGCUGCUGCUGCUGCUAAUGCUGCUGCUAAUGCUGCUGCAAAGUUGUUCACAGAGUUUGCAUGA